AGUGCCAUAUAGAAAACCAUCUUCGAUCUUUCUAGAAAUCUUGCGAUGCGCGUUCCAUAACCAUCUCUGAAACUUUAUGCUCCGGACAGUGCUCCUGCUCUUGCUAUCAAAGCUACAAUGGAGAAGACGAAACGCAGACUGCAGAGGUUUGGUCCACCUCUUCUGCUGCAGAUGUUUGCAGAUGUGGUCCGCAGACUGCAGACGUUUUACCUCUGAAAAAACAAACAGCACCCAAGUCUCUGAUCCAUCUAAACAACGCCACCAGUUACCUUGAUAUUCGAGCAAUCGAUUGAGUUAGAGUUGAUUUCAUCAAGUGAACUAUUGCCGUGACAGGUGGAGUUUGGUUUAUUUCAAGGUGAUUCAAUCAAGUCUGCUAUUGUGAUUUUCGCUAGAUUGGUGGAGUUUUGGUGAUUUCAAGUGACUUUCUGUGUAGGACUAAGUAGAUGGAGUGGUUCAUGAUAUUUGCUUCGAUAGCUGUACUAUGGGUGGCUUCUCUCUGCAAAAUUCUUCAUGCAUCAUUCUAUCCGUAUCGAUCUUCCUUCUUAAACAACGGUGCUGGAUCUUUGCAAAAGAGAAAUGUACUGUUAGUCAUCGCCCAUCCUGAUGAUGAGUCAAUGUUCUUUUCACCAACGAUCAAUCAGCUGACUUCAAGAGGGCAUAAUGUGCACAUAUUGUGCAUGUCGACUGGUAACGCAGAUGGUAUGGGAAACGUUAGAAAAGAAGAGCUUUAUAGGGCUUCCGCUACCCUUAAGGUUCCUAUCCAACAAGUGACAGUAAUGGAUCAUCCGGAUUUUCAGGAUGGUUUUGGAAAAAUAUGGAAUACUAGCUUACUAUCAAAGAUUGUGGAAAAGAAAAUUCAUGAUCAUGCAAUUGACAUUAUAGUUACUUUUGAUAACUAUGGUGUAUCGGGUCACUGUAAUCACCGCGAUGUAAACCAUGGGGUGCGAAGGUUUAUGCUUGAUACUUCACAACAAGAAAUUGAAGCCUGGGAGCUGGUAAGUACUAACAUAAUUCGCAAGUACAGUGGGCCAGUUGAUAUCUGGUUUUCGUUAUGGAGUGCCCAAAAUUCGUUGAAUGGACAAAUGCAUUGCUUGCUAAAUGAAAAUCCACGUAGAAGCUAUGCUGCAAUGUCACAACACUUGAGUCAAUGGGUAUGGUUUAGGAAGCUUUUCGUUUCAUUUUCAAGUUAUACAUAUGUAAACACUUUGAAGAAGAUUAACAAAUAGGCGAUCAUCUACGAAGAUUUUUGCAAUCGAUUAGUAGCUGUUCAUUUUUUAUAAGUUUAUUGAUCAGUGUUGAUAAGCACUUUUUUAGUUAUACAUAUGACCUGUUUUCUAAGAUUAUUGUAUAAUAGAUUCCGAUUAAAUAUAGCAUCCAGUGUAUGCAUUAUGUAACCUGGUAGCGCCGGAUACACUUUUAUUUGUUUGGAAUCUACGCUCGUUGAAACCA